GAUCCCAGGCCGAGUUUUCGCUUUUAUAACGGUUAGGCAAACAACUGGGCCUGGUACUAGUUGUCUGCGCAUGCGUCAAUCGUUUGUCAGAUUCUGACGAAUGGAUAUUCUCGUUCACUUUCGUGACAUUUAUAUUCGUGUACUAUCGUGUACUAGAAGUCAGUUCCCGUUUUAUCAUUAAUUGGAAUGGCUCUUAGCUGAAGCUUCUCUCUUCUCUGAAGCUUAUUCUGAAGACUGAACAACAAGGGAAGAGGUAUAAAGCUUUGUCAAGCUUGUUAAGGUCAGAUAUUUUUGUGUGGGCCCUAUGGCCGGCUAUGCUAUCAAGUCUUGUUCAUGUUUGGCAAGAAUGUAGGUAGACUAUAGUUUCAUCAUUAAUAUGGUGGAUCAAGUGAAGAGUGUGAGCUAGAGAACUUGGUGCUGCUAUCAUCAGCUCGUCGACAAUGACACUAUAACCGAGAAAUUUAAUAUGUAUAGAUCUACAUGUAUUUAAAAUGUCUACUUCUCUGUACAGGAGCAAUGGCUAAUAUCCAGCUAUCCCAACAGUGCUCCUCUUGGCUAUACUAACGGACGAGACUGGACAGUUUGAGACACAGGACUGGAGUAUGACCUGCUCAUUCGAGCGUUGCUGGGUAGCUCAGAGACAUCAAGAGAAUCUACGUUUUCUCAAGCAAUGAGUUACGAGUUGGGGCCUAGAAUCAGAGAAGUCCAGCAGCCUGCUAAAUCUUUUUGAAACGUAAUUUGAAGGCAUUCAAUCAUCCUGAAGUUGCCCUGGGUCACUGUAAUUGUGCUGCAGCACAACUGGCAACUCCCCAGGCCUUUGUGAAGCAGCUCCCUAUGUGCAUCUUUUGUGUACUCACUCUGUGCAUUUUCUGUGUACAAAUUUCAAUUAUUGAUUUAUUAAAUAUUUUUGCCGACCACAAAUAUACAAUGAAAAUUUGACGCAUGCGCAGACAACUAGUACCAGGCCCAGUUGUUCGCCUAACCGUUAUAAAAGCGAAAACUCGGCCUGGGAUCGAGGCUAUUAAAAUCCAAGUCCUCAGCUUCUCCAAUCAUCCCGCUUAAAAUGUGGGUUUCAUACUACGCAUGCGCAAUUACGAGCUCCUCCUCCUCCUCCUCCUAUCAGUAAGAAUAAUAUAAAACAGUGCAAGUUUAUUAUUAUUAUAACGAGUCGACAGUACAACUCCAGUUGAAUAUAGCUAUCCAGGUAAGUCAUGGGGUCACUCAGGUCUGUAUCUGAAUACUGUAAUAACUAGAUUUGGAUAUGUGCUGAUCGCAAGUGAGGACACAGGACACUAGCUCUAGAUCUGGUCCUCUUUGCCAUUGGUUGUGGCUCUAAUCCACUCUCGUCUUGAUCAACUAGAUGUACACCCUGUUUUUUUUAUUAGUAGCCAUUGGUGAAGUGGGCACAUAAUUAUAUAGUAGCAAAACUCUAUAGAUAUACGGUGUCUCUUUAUUGUCUGUCAGCUAAUGUGGCCAGACUGCACGGUCUUCAUACGUUUGCCCGUCCAGCCCCUCCCCCACGGCAACGGUUCCCGUUAAACUACUCCCCCGUGAAAGUCUGUGACCUGUACCGUGUGUGUGACAUUCAAUGAUCAUCCCGUAAUUCCCGUAUUUGUUAGCAGUUUUUGCUGUGUACGUUACAUUACGUUACAUUACGUACGUACGUGAGCCACUACAAAAGAAGUAUAGGAAUCAGGAGCAUGACUAGUCGACUGGGGAUCAGGAGUUCGAGUGGAAUAGGCUCUAAUCCACUGUCUCUCAAGUUCUACAUAGAUCUUGCUAUCAUAUUCUGUUUAUCUUCUCGGAGUGCCAUCAGUGCACAAUAUUCAGUGAGUGUGGAGAGACUAUGUCCAAUGGAAACAGUUACUUUCACCUGCACUGGCGCUGGAACUUUCUUGAGAUGGGAGCCAUCAGAUGUUACUCCCAUCACUAUCCUUUCCACCUCUGGUCUCAAUGCACCACUAAUGCAUUCAGGUUACACUGUGACACUGCUUGCAUUCAAUGACAGUACACUAACAUCUACUCUGUCAAGAACAGCAGAGAAUGGGAUCACUGUGUCCUGUUUGGGGUUUAUGCCUGUAAGCACUAUAGGAUCUUCAACGAUUCGUUUGGUUGAUCCACCAGGACCACCUUUCACCAUCAGACACUCCACUCUGAGCAGCUCUGCCAAUGAAGCUAGUGUGUCUGUACAGUGGAACCCUCCUACUGAGACUGGUGGUAGAGAUGACCUCACCUACACAGUGACCAUCUCACCUCCGGCCCAGCUCUCUGCAACUGUUCUCACAUCCACCUCUGUCACUGUGACUGCUCAAUACAAUGUGGACUACACUGUCAGUGUUGUGGCUACCAACUGUGCUGGGAAUAGUACAACAGCUGAAUACAACUUUAGGAUUAGCGGCUGUCCUGUGUUGACUAACCCUAUGAAUGGAGCGUUUGAACCAGUCUCCAGCAGAUUACCAGGAUCAACAGUAACCAUCCAGUGUGAUGCUGGGUAUGUGUCUGCUGUUACAAUGGUGAUAUGUGAUGAUACACUAAUGUGGAGUCCAGACCCUGAGGCUAUUGAGUGUACAUCACUACCCACACUCCCUCCUACAAGUUCUCCAAUGAACUGCAAGGCUCCACUAUCCUCACCACAGAAUGGCACCAUCAGUGAUCAUUCAGUACCAGCUAUUCCUGGUACUCAUGUGACUUUCCAGUGUGACAAUGGACUGUUCCCUGAGGGGAUAAUGACUGCCACCUGUCUAGCUACAGGAGAGUGGGACAAGAUCCCAGGGGAGAUCGUCUGCAGAAAUGAGUCUAUUUCGUGUGUCCUGCCUGCCCCUCCACUCAAUGGAGCAUUACUCAACAUUAACUCUCAGAACACCAACCCAACUGAGGGCUCAGUCAUUACCUUCCAAUGUGAUCCUGGGUUCUCACUGGUGGGUGCAGUGACUGCCACUUGUAACAACUUUGGUCUCUGGGAUCCUGAUCAAUCUCUAUUGGAGUGUGCGGCAGCUCCAACUGGUGGGAAUAUUGCUUCUGUAGCUGGAGGUGUUAUUGGCGGUCUGUUAUUACUGCUUUUUCUAGCAAUGAUAGCUCUCUUAAUGAUUAUUGUCAAGAAAAGAAAAAAUAGCCAACAGUCAGGCAAUGAAACUCCAAAAGUCCCAGCUGGUCCGGUAUACGAGGAAGUUGGUCUAGCAAUGACACUAAAAACACAAGACAUUCAAGUGGAGUCUAAUGAAGCUUAUGGACAAACGAUAAAGCAAAACAUUGAGAUGCAGUCGAACCAGGCUUAUGGAGAAAUCAAGCACUGAACUGAACUGUUUGUUUAUUUCAAUAAUAGUACGAUUGUAGUUUACUUUCACUGUUGAUGAUCACAGCAGCUGGCUAAACCAUUAAUCUAGAUUGUGUGGCUAAACAAGCAUGCAGCAUGCUAUAAUUAUUCCUGCAAUGCUAUGGACCUCCUGACUGAUGUCUAUAUAGGCCUUAGUUGGUAGAUCAGGAUCGAGCCUGAGAAAUUGCCUAUUAUAUAUUCCAUUCUUUUAUUCUUGAAAUAACAGCCUACAAAUUUCCCGCAAUAUUUCUCAGUUUAAGCCAUUGCAGUACAAUUAACAUAUCGACCUCAAAAUUAAUCGUC